CUGUCCGCCGCUCGCUCGUCGAGAUCAAAAUGUAUGAAGUGGAUAUUUUCCGCGUUUCAAGAUAGUACAAUAAUUUAUGUCGACUUGUGCUGUUUUGAAACUUUGUCUUGUGCAUUUACUACUAUCCGGGUUGUUUCGUUAGCUAGCUAGCUAGCUGGAAAACAGAGUUGCGAUCUUCGUGAAAGGCACUUUCUUACCACUUGCUAAAGAAGAUGUCUGCGGAAGAGGCGGCAGACAAAACAACCCCGGCCGACGCGAGUGCGGGAGAUGCCGGAGAAGCCGGAGACGAGGAAGAAGAGUGGCUCUACGGAGAUGAUGAUGAGAAAGCUGAGGAGGAAGAGGCCAAACUAACCGCAGCUGUCAGUGCUCCUGCUCCAGAGUCAGAAGAGGCGGUUACUACGGGCAACGGAGUGGAAGCUCAGGAGAAGGAGCCAGGAGAUGAUGAUGACAGUGAUAGCGACAGUGACGAUGAUGACGAUGAUGUUCGUGUCACCAUCGGAGACAUCAAGACCGGAGCCCCACAGUACACAACGUAUGGAGUGGCUCCUGUUAACCUGAACAUAAAGACAGCAGGAGCCAGACCCUACGGAACAGGGAACAAGUUGAAGGGUGUGGAUCUGGAGGCCCCAGGCAACAUCAAUGGAGUCCCAGUACUGGAGGUGGACAUGGAGUCAUUCGAGGAGAAACCCUGGAGGAAACCAGGUGCGGACCUGUCCGACUACUUUAACUACGGGUUCAACGAGGACACGUGGAAGGCCUACUGUGACAAACAGAAGAGGCUGAGGAUGGGCCUGGAGGUCGUCAACAUCUCCUCCACCACCAGCAAAAUCACUGUUCAGCAGGGCAGGACAGGGAAUGAGAAGGAAGUGAGUUUACCCAUCCACACGUCCAAACCUGACUUCCCCUCUCCAGCCAGCCUCUACAAGUCAUCCAUGAACAUGAACACUAACAGGAAGCCCAGUGGGACCAUAGACGUGAUCGGAGGAGGGACUGCUACCAUCAGCAGAGUGGAGGGAGACAGAAGACACAACCUGGAGGGGAACAACAUCCAGGUAACACACACACACAACCUGGAGGGGGAACAACAUCCAGGUGAUUUCGAACACUCGUCGUCGGACGCUGAGCAGAACCCCAACAAGAUGCCCCCCUUCUUCCCCCAGGCCCCCUUCCCCUAA